AUGGAUCAUUAUGAAGUGUCAAAUCAUUUUAAAAUUAUUACAUCCUAUUUCGAAGAAAAUAAGGCAUUAUUCAUAAGUGGAAAUACUAGUAAAUUAAGCAAAAAAAAUCAAGUAAUUAAUAACCCAAAUGAAAACAAUGGGUAUAAUCAGAAAAUAAAUAAACUAGAAAAAUUAAAACGUGAUAAUGAUGGCUACUAUUGUGAUGGUAGAAUAAAUAAAGAUGAUAAUAAAACGUUCCUAAAAUCGUUUUAUGAAAAUGAUUCAAACAUAAUAAUUCCUAUUAGUAGUUAUCCUCCCAAUCAAAAAUUAUGUAAUAAUCAAAAAAAGAAAGAAAAAACAAAUUUAAUUAGUUGUUAUAAAUAUAAUAAUUUAUUAAACAAACAAAAUGAACUCCAAAAUAGCAACGAAAUUAAUUUGAAUAAUCUAAGUUAUACUAGAAAAAAUCCUAUUAAGAAUAACUAUAAUGAAAAUUUGUCAGAUGAGUCAAUAAACGAAAAUUUUAUUCAAUUAUUUGAAAAUAAUAGACUUGUGUUAAAUAAUGAAUUACGUAAUAUUUCAUCAAAUGGUUAUAAAUAUGUAGACAAAUUGGGUUCAGAAAAUGUACCUCCCCAAAAUAAAAUAUAUGUAGAUGAAAAGGGUAAAACAAAUAAUAUUUACUCUAAUAAUAAUAAUAUAAGUCUUAAUCAAACAAAAAAUGCUUUUUCAAAAUGUUUUUUAAACGACGGUUUCACAUAUAAUGACAAUUUUAAUAAUAUAUCUAAUGAAGAUAUAAGUAAAAAAUUUAAUAAUCAGAAGAUAUGUAUAAAUAAAAAUGGAAUAAAAAAUACUAAAAUGUUAAAUAGUUAUUUUGAACAAUCUGAUAAUAAAAAUGGCCAUAAAACAAAUAGCCGAAACACAUCUGCUAAAGGAUUUAGAGAUUCGUUAGCUAGAAAAGACAGUACUUUAAUUGUUAAUUCAGAUGCAACUAAAAAAGUAACUCUUUGCAGUAGUAUGUGCAACGUUAACCAAUUGAAAAAAAUGAUAAAUACGAGUGAGGAUAAUGAUGAUUCAUUUUUUUAUAAAAAUAUAAAAUAUUUACCUGGAAAAUUGGAAGGGGGUGAAGAAAAAAAGAAUAAAAAUAUUGACGAAAAUAACAAGUACCAUGAUAAGAUGAACCGAGAUAAAAGUAAUAUAUCCAAAGAUAAAAUAAAUGAUGAUUAUGAGUUAGUGGAUAUUUAUGAUCCAUGUUUUAGUAAAUGGAAACGUGUGAAAUACAGAGGUGAAAAAGGAAAAAUAUAUAGAAAUGGUAACCAUUAUAAAAUUUUCAACCUUUUAAACAAUUUAAAAGAGACAUCAAUUUUUUAUUAUAAAAAUAAAAACCGACAUAGAUAUGAUUCAUCAUGUGGUAAAAGAGAUAAUAAUAUUUAUUUUGAUAAUUAUGAAAUUUCUAAUGAUACAAAUAUGGACCUUUCAAAUGUUUGUAAUAAAAGAGAUGAUAAUAAAUUGAACAUAUCAUUGCAAGAAUCCAAAACAUGUUUAUUUCGCGAAACAAAAGAAAAAGAAAACAAAGUGAAGAAUACAUUACUUAUGACUAUUUUAAGUAAUGAUAAUGCAUACUUUUCAUCUAUUAAAAAAUGUAACAGCUUAAAUCAAGAUGUUUUAAUAAAAAAAAAUAAUAAUUUCAAUUUAAAUGGGCAUUCUAAAAGCAUGGUUGUUAUAAGUAUGAAUAAAUAUGAUAUAUGUGAAAAUAAAAAAAUACUUACUAAUAACAUUUUGUGGAAAAAUAAAGAUUUUCAAAACAAACAAUUCGAACUAGAAAAUAUUAAUAACGAAAAGAUGAAAAAUGAAACUGAUUUAAAUAAUAAAAAUACGAAAAGGGAUACCUCCCAAAAAAGAGGACGUUCAGAUGAUGAAAGAAGGAGCAGUUCUUGUGAAGGUAGUAAAAAUGAUGGCACAGAAAAAGGUGACAAUAAUAAUAUGGAUACAGGAGAUAAGAAUGGGGACGAAAAUGACAAUGAUAAUAAUGAAAACAACGGUGAAAAUAAUGGUAAAAACAACGAGAAUGAAAAUUAUAGUAGCUCAAAAAGCAGCAGUAACUGCUCUAGUAGUAGUAAUGGUAGUAGCACAAUUGCUCCCGAGAAAGAAGGAAAAACAGAUAUCGAUGUCUAUUAUGAACCUGAAGUAAAAAUACAUAACUCAAUAAAAGGAUCCAUUGAAAAUAAUUGUUUUGCAAAUAUGAGAAAAUGUUUAAAUAUAAAAAGGUGUGAAAUAAUAUUCGAUGUGAAUAAAAAAAAAUCAUGCUUAAGUUUUCUUUCUAAAAGGGGACAUGAAAAUCGGAAAUAUAAAUUAAACUUUAAGCAUAAUAUAAAAAAGAAAAAGAUUCGAAAAAAUAUAUAUUAUAAAAUUAUGAAUACAAAAAAAGAGAAGGUCGAAUGUUUAGGUUUAAAAAAAGAUAGUGAAAAUAUAUCACGAAGAAAAUUAAAUAGGAAUAAAUCCUCGUCCUAUAUCGAAUUUUUUACAAAAAACAAUAACUCAAUAAAUUAUAUAGAUAUAAAUAAAAAUGGAGUAAAUACAUAUUUGUUUAGGGAACAAAUUCAAAAUAAUGACACAUCAUUUCAAUCAUUUGAAAAAAUAGACAAAGUAAAGGAAUAUAACAAUACCACAUUUAGAGAAAUAAAAACAGAGAGUAAAAUGAAUUUGGUUAAUAGUGAAAAAAAUAAUGACAUUUUGGGAAAUAAUACUAUAACAGUUGAUUUAAGGGGGCCAUUUUCAGGUACGUCUUUUAGGCGUUACAAAUGUUGUGAAAAUGAUCACAAAAUGAGGAAAGAGGUUGAUUGUAAUAACAAUAUUUGGAAUAAUGGUUUUGAAAAAAAUGUUAAAACGAGCAACUAUUAUUAUAAAAAUAAUACCGUUUGUGAGCAUAAAGCUAAGACUUAUGAAAGUUUAGUAACAGAAAAGGAUCCCGUUGGAAGUAAUAAAGAUACAUCUAAAAAGUGUUAUCUUUUAUCGUAUAAUAAUUUGACCAAUAGUUGUGUGAAGGAAAGGGGAAUGGAAAUGGAGGUUAUUCGAAAAAAAAAUAAUAAAAAUAAUAAAAAUAAUAAUUAUGAUACAAUUGACACUUAUUAUCAUAAAUACGUGGGUAAAGGAGAAAUUUUCGAAGCAAAGAAAACGAUAAAAUAUAAAAAAAAGGAAAAAAGGAAGGAUAUGAAAAAGGAUAGCACAAAAAAGAAGAAAAAAGAAAUGGAAAGAAUAGGACGAAAAAAGAAAUGGAUAAAUAAAAUGAAUGAAAAUGAAGAUAAUUCAGGAUAUUUAACUAAACUUAGUUGUUCCAUAAAUGAAAAUGAAGAUAAUUCAGGAUAUUUAACUAAACCUAGUUGUCCCAUAAAUGAAAAUGGAAUUGUUUUUAAUAAUCGAUAUUAUAUAAUAGGGUUAAUAUAUUAUGGGGAUAAUUCACAGGUAUAUAAGUGUAUAAAUAUAAAAGAUAAAAAGACAUAUGCUAUGAAAGUUGUGUUAAAAGAAAGAGAGAAUUAUAAUGUGAUGGUGAAAAACGAAUUGAAUAUUGAUAAAUUUAUGAAAAAAUAUAUGUUUUUAAAAAAAAAUCCACAUAAAAAUAUUAUACCGAUAUAUGAUAUAUUUAGUGACAACAAUUAUAAUUUUAUUAUUAUGGAAUUUUGUAAAGGAUCGACUUUGCUUGACUAUUUCAUGUCGUUAGUACCGGGUUCUUUACAUAUAUAUGAAAUUAAAAAAAUAAUGAAAAAUAUUUUUUUAGCAUUAGACUUUUUACAUUCUAGAGGUUUAAUACAUAGAGACAUUAAACUUGAAAAUAUUAUGUUUACAAAAAAAAAAAUGAGAAAUUUUAAUUAUAAGCAAUGUGAUAACUUUGAUUUAGAUAAUUACACGGAUCCUUUUUUUUUAUUUGAGGACAAGGGGAAGACAUCUAAUCGUGGAAUAGUACAAAAUUCAGUAUUAAAAAAAUGUGAAUCUAAAAUUGACCUUAAUAAAAAACAACAGGAUAAUGAUUUAUUUUUACUAAAAGAGGAAAAUGAUGCGAUUCAUAAGGUAGAUGUAAACGAUAUGGAUAAUUGUUGGAGUUCAAAUGGGGAUAUUGAAUAUGAAAUUGAUUCGGAUACAUCUAGUAGUGAUAAUAUCGAAUGGAGCAAUAGUUGGUGUGAUGAUUAUUAUCAAGAUGAAUCAUCAUAUAGUUGUGAAUUAAUUGGAGAAUAUAAUUUUGAAAAUAGUAAUAGCAAUAUAUCAGAAAUUAGAAAAACAUCACAAAGUUCUGAUGCGUAUAAUUGUGAUGAUUCAAGCAAUAUCGAAAAUAAUAGUUUAGACAAAAUAAUGGAUAACAAUUUAGUAAAUAUUUUGGAUAAUAGUUAUAAUUUUAAAUUAGGGAAAAAAUAUAAAAAUAGUUUGACGACUAUACAAAUGAUAAAUAAAAAUGAUUUUCAAAAAAAGGAUAUAACAAUAAAGAAAAAUAGUUCAUUAACAUCUAUUAAAUCGAAAAGAUCGGAGGGAAAAUAUUUGAUAAGUUCUGAAAAGGGAAAAUAUAGAGACACCGAAAAUAAAAAUAGUUGCAUAAAAAAUAAUAAUGAUGAUAAAAAAAACGGCUUUAAAAAGAAAAGGGAAUAUUAUCCGUGUAAUUUAUAUGACAAUUUAUGUUUAAUUGAUAUGGAUAUGAUGGAAGACAUUUCUAAUAAUAAUCAAAAUAAAAAUAAAAGACAAAAUAUAAUUUGUGGAACAGCAUCAUAUAUGUCACCAGAAUCAUUUGAUGGUAUUUUAUCAGCAAGUAAUGAUAUAUGGGCAUGUGGUGUUAUUUUAUAUGCAUUGAUGGACGGUCGAUUUCCAUAUGAAAUAUAUAAUACAAUGCCUAAUUAUUUAAAAAAAAAAAUUUUAAGAUAUACAAAACCCAAUUUUGAUCCUUUUAUUUGGCAAGAAAGUCCAGAUCUACUUGAUUUAUGUUUGAGACUUUUAGAUCCUAAUCCUUUAACACGAAUUCAAAAUGCCAGAGAAGCUUUAAUUCAUUGUUGUUUUUCUGAUAUAGUAUAA